AUGACAGUGAGGAGCGCCAUGUAUGAGGAGGUGAUUCCUCAGAGCGUGUCCAGGAGUCCCCUGGGUGCAGCAGCUGUCCCUGAACAGGAGCUGCUGUGCAUCUUUGGGACAGGGGACUUGGGGCGCUCUCUGGGCCUGCGUCUGCUCCAGUCCGGAUACAGAGUGGUGUACGGAAGCCGCAGACCGCACAGCUGUGGCCCCCUGCCCGAGGGAGCUCAGGUGAUGAGCCAUGAUGCAGCAGCAAAGUCAGCCAGCCUGAUCUUCAUCUGUGUCCACAGAGAGCACUAUGGAUUCCUGGAAACUAUGGCUCCUCAGCUGGAAGGAAAGAAGGUGCUGGUGGAUCUCAGUAACAACUUGAAGAAAGGAAUGUACCCAGAAGCCAAUGCUGCCUACCUGCAGAGACUGGUCCCUGGAGCCGCUGUGGUGAAAGGCCUUAACACACUGUCUGCCUGGGCCCUGCAGAACGGACUGCUGGCAGGAAAACAGGUGUACCUGUGUGGAAACAGUGCAGAAGCUAAGCAGGCUGUGGGCGAGAUGGCCACGAAGCUGGGUCUUACUGUCGUGGACAAAGGGUCUCUGUCAGCAGCUGGAGAGCUGGAGGACUUCCCCUUACGCUUGUUCCAAGAAUGGAGGCUGCCAUUGUGCAUUGCCCUCGGCCUCAUUGCUUUCUUCUUCUUCUAUCUGCUCAUUAGAGAUGUCAUCUACGCAGCUGUCGAGCAGGAUAGAAAUAUCUCCUACAGAAUCAUGAUUUCUCUGGCCAACAAGGUGUUUCCAAUUGUAUCACUCGUCAUGUUGUCCCUGUGCUACCUGCCUGGAGUCAUUGCUGCCUUCCUUCAGCUCUACAGAGGGACCAAGUACAGGCGCUUUCCUGAUUGGCUGGACCGCUGGAUGCUGUGCAGGAAGCAGAUGGGUCUGGUUGCACUGGGCUUAGCUUUUCUCCAUGCUAUCUAUACAUUCAUCAUUCCUAUUCGCUAUGCUGUCAGACACAAACUCAUCUCGACGGUGGUGGAUGAGAUUGAUAAUAAAACCACUCCGUUUUUCUUUGAUAAUACCGAGGCAUGGGGCACGGACUCGUUCUACGUGCUGGGGAUCCUGGGCUUCUUUCUUUAUGUCCUGCUAGGACUAACAUCCCUGCCCUCUGUAGGAGGCACUCUCAGCUGGAGAGAGUUCAGCUUCAUUCAGUCCAAGCUUGGCCACCUGACCCUCUUCAUAUGCACAGCACAUGGGUACAUUUACGGCUGGAAAAAAUUUCUUAGCACUUCCACCUACAAAUGGUACACUCCUCCGGGCUACAUGCUGUGUCUGAUAGUUCCCUCUGUGGUGCUGGUGCUCAAGUUUCUGCUCCUCCUUCCCUGCCUAGACCGGACCCUAACCCGCAUCCGACAGGGCUGGGAGAGGACUCCACCUAGAGAAGAGAUGGUUAUGACAAAGGAAACUAAUUUAUAG